AGUACAGUACUGUUUUACGCCUCGUGAGUACGGCCAUUUGGAACAGUGCAGUUGAGGUAUAGCUCACUUUAACAUGACCAGGGAGAGAUGGGGGGCUCAACAGUCUGGUGUUUCCUUGUUUUCAUACAAGCGUUUCCGCAAGUUUCGCUGGGCAGUGCUGUCAAACUGGGGGUUAUGAUGCCUGAUCCCAGAGAAAUGUUGCCAUUCUGGGGACCAAGACUUGACAGAGCAGUCGACAUUGCCCUUGCGGACAUUGUUAACAUGAACAACUCGGGGCAGGUUUCCAACUUAACGUUUCAUCGUGUUGAGAGACUUACGUCGUGUAAGGCUAGUGAGAUAGUGGGAGCUGCCGUGGACUUGAUGUCGGAAGGCGGAGUAGAUGUAGUUGUAGGCCCCCCGUGUAAAGUGGGGUGUUCGGCACUCGCUGCGCUCAGCGACUUCUACAACGUUUCGACCGUCGUUCCCUCUUGUUUAGGAGACGCGACGUCUUCCGAACACAAGGACUUCUUCACAAUCAUGGAACCACCCAGGGCAAUCGCGGAACGCGUCAAAAGUUUGGUUAACUACUACAAAUGGUCGGAUAUACUGAUGUUAACAAAAGAAGAAGAGCCUUGGAAUACGUUAGGAAAGAUCAUGAAAGAAGCGCUGGAUGACGUCACAACUGUGUCGAAGACCUUGACAUACGCGGGCGCCAUAAGCCUUGAAGAAGCGUUGACUAUGCUGAGUGGGAAAGGGCAACCAAAAGUUGUGAUCUUUGCCGUCCCGAGACUGUCCAUAGGGAUGCAGGAUGAACACACCCUGAUGCUCGCCGCCUAUCAGCUCGGGAUGACGACAAACACGGUCUUCUUAAACAUAGACUUCUCGCCGCUGCCUGUUUUGGGAAAUGAAAGCUGGAAUUCUUCCAACAUCGCUCAGGCAGUGAUCGGAGGGAUUAUACAGGAGGCUUACAAGGCACUGCUUCUUCUUGCACCCAGGAUACAGAGAAGCAAUACUUUAACAGAGGACUUUGUAGACGCCGGAGGACCGUGGCCCAUGGCUGCCUAUGUUUACGACUCGGUCCUGCUCGCCACGCAUAUUUCCGACAUAACCACCGGGUCAGCGGCAGUUCACAACGUGGGAAACACCGCACUUGACGGUCUGACUGGCAAACUUGAGUUCGACAGACAGGGAAGCAGGAUUCAAGAGUUUCUUCUUUUCACCUUCCAGAAUGGAAGGUUCGUCCCAACCGUGGGCUUCUCUAUCGAAAACAAAUCUCUGGCCUUCAUCCCCGGUGUCACGCCAUGUCCGGAGUCAGAAAACUGCCUGUCUUUCCGCUACUGCGCAGAAAACUGUCCCUGCCUGGGACCGGCAUGCACGGAAAACAAGUCAUCGGAGAACAUAUGA